CCGCCGCACUCGGGCCGGAGCGCAGCGCUGAGCCGCCGCCCGCGCGCCAUGGAGCAGUGGCGGCAGUGCGGCCGCUGGCUCAUCGACUGCAAGGUUCUGCCGCCCAACCACCGGGUCGUGUGGCCCUCGGCCGUGGUCUUCGACCUGGCGCAGGCGCUGCGCGACGGAGUCCUGCUGUGCCAGCUGCUGCACAACCUGUCCCCCGGCUCCAUCGACCUCAAGGACAUCAACUUCCGGCCGCAGAUGUCCCAGUUCCUGUGUUUGAAGAACAUCCGCACCUUCCUCAAAGUCUGCCACGAUAAGUUUGGACUGAGGAACAGCGAGCUGUUCGACCCCUUCGACCUCUUCGAUGUCCGUGACUUUGGAAAGGUCAUCUCCGCCGUGUCCCGGCUCUCCCUGCACAGCAUCGCGCAGAACAAAGGGAUCAGGCCUUUUCCCUCCGAGGAGACGGCGGAGAAUGAUGACGACGUCUACCGCAGCCUGGAGGAGCUGGCUGAUGAACAUGACCUGGGCGAGGACAUCUACGACUGCGUCCCGUGCGAGGACGAGGGGGACGACAUCUACGAGGACAUCAUCAAGGUGGAAGUGCAGCAGCCCAUGAAAAUGGGCAUGACUGAGGACGACAAGAGGAGCUGCUGCCUGCUGGAGAUCCAGGAGACUGAGGCCAAGUACUACCGGACCCUGGAGGAUAUCGAGAAGAACUACAUGGGCCCCCUGCGGCUGGUGCUGAGCCCGGCAGACAUGGCAAGCGUCUUCAUCAACCUGGAGGACCUCAUCAAGGUGCACCACAGCUUCCUGCGGGCCAUCGAUGUCUCCAUGAUGGCCGGGGGCGGCACCCUGGCCAAGGUCUUCCUGGAGUUCAAGGAGAGGCUCCUGAUCUAUGGGGAGUACUGCAGCCGCAUGGAGCACGCCCAGAGCACGCUGAACCAGCUGCUGGCCAGCCGCGAGGACUUCCGGCAGAAAGUGGAGGAGUGCACGCUGAAGGUCCAGGAUGGCAAGUUCAAGCUGCAGGACCUGCUGGUGGUGCCCAUGCAGCGCGUGCUGAAGUACCACCUGCUGCUCAAGGAGCUCCUGAGCCAUUCUACUGACCGGCCAGAGCGGCAGCAGCUCAAAGAAGCACUGGAAGCCAUGCAGGACUUGGCAAUGUACAUCAACGAGGUAAAGCGGGACAAGGAGACUCUGAAGAAGAUCAGUGAGUUCCAGAGCUCCAUAGAGAACCUGCAAGUGAAACUGGAGGAAUUUGGAAGGCCAAAGAUCGACGGCGAGCUGAAAGUCCGGUCCAUCGUCAACCACACCAAACAGGACAGGUACCUGUUCCUGUUUGACAAGGUGCUCAUCGUGUGCAAGAGAAAGGGCUACAGCUACGAGCUGAGGGAGGUCAUCGAGCUGCUCCUCCACAAGAUGGCCGACGACCCCAUGCACAACAAGGACAUCAAGAAGUGGUCCUACGGCUUCUACCUGAUCCACCUGCAAGGGAAGCAGGGCUUCCAGUUCUUCUGCAAGACGGAAGACAUGAAGCGGAGGUGGAUGGAGCAGUUCGAGAUGGCCAUGUCCAACAUCCGGCCGGACAAAGCCAACGCCAACCACCACAGCUUCCAGAUGUACACGUUUGACAAGACCACCAGCUGCAAGGCCUGCAGGAUGUUCCUCCGGGGCACCUUCUACCAGGGCUACCUGUGCACCAGGUGUGGCGUCGGGGCCCACAAGGAGUGCCUGGAGGUGAUGCCACCCUGCAAGAUCAGUUCUCCUGCAGACCUGGACACCGCUGGAGCAGGACCAGGUCCCAAGAUGGUGGCUGUGCAGAAUUACCACGGCAACCCCGCCCCGCCUGGCAAGCCCGUGCUCACCUUCCAGAUGGGCGACGUGAUCGAGCUGCUGCGGGGUGACCCCGAGUCACAGUGGUGGGAGGGGCGGCUGGUGCAGACCAGGAAGUCCGGGUACUUUCCCAGCUCAUCGGUGAAGCCCUGCCCGGUGGAUGGAAGGCCACCCAUCAGCCGGCCACCGUCCCGGGAGAUCGACUACACCGCCUACCCCUGGUUUGCGGGCAACAUGGAGCGGCAGCAGACGGACAACCUGCUCAAGGGCCACGCCAGCGGCACCUACCUCGUGCGGGAGCGGCCUGCGGAGGCCGAGCGCUUCGCCAUUAGCAUCAAGUUCAACGACGAGGUGAAGCACAUCAAGGUGGUGGAGAAGGACAGCUGGGUUCACAUUACGGAGGCCAAGAAGUUCGAGAGUCUGUCCGAGCUGGUGGAGUACUACCAGAGCCACUCGCUCAAGGAGAGCUUCAAGCAGCUGGACACCACGCUCAAGUACCCCUAUAAGUCCCGGGAGCGCGCCACCCCCAGGGCCUCCAGCCGCUCCCCAGCGUCCUGUGCUUCCUACAACUUCUCUUUUCUCAGUCCUCAGGGCCUCAGCUUUGCCCCCCAGGGCCCUUCCGCUCCCUUCUGGUCAGUGUUCACGCCCCGCGUCAUCGGCACGGCGGUGGCCAGGUACAACUUCGCCGCACGGGACAUGCGGGAGCUCUCGCUUCGGGAGGGCGACGUGGUGAAGAUCCACAGCCGCAUCGGUGGGGACCAAGGCUGGUGGAAGGGCGAGACCAACGGCCGGAUCGGCUGGUUUCCCUCGACCUACGUGGAAGAGGAGGGCAUCCAGUGACUGCAGGGGCUCGGGCAGCAUUUGCGGAUUUUCUCGGGAGAGUGUCCUGAAGUCUGUCUCUGGCUCCUCCGUGAUUCCCAGGGGAGACACCCACCGAGCUGCCCGUCAUCGACAGCCCAUAGGGGUGGGGAGGGCACUUGGAAUCCUAAUCUCGGACUGUUUCCCUGCCACCUGCCCCGGUGGCCUGCUGUGGGUAUGCUGCUUGUACAUAGAGGAAGCCUAGGCCAGCCCUGCCAGUGUGGAGAUGUGGCCGGUGCCAGCUACACGACAGACCGGGCCCUUUUGGCGGCGGAGGCCAGAGGCUCAUCCUGUGCCCCUCUGGAGGAGGUGGUGCUCAGGCGCCUAGGAUUAAACAGCAGAUGAUGUCUGGGGGGCUGGGGACCUCAGGGGCCACCCCAGCCCAUCUGCUCAGCCGCUGGACUCAGCCCUUUCUCUGCGGGCUCGGGGCUCCUGGCCAGGGGAGCAGCAGGAGCCAGAGCCAGGCUGUUUGCCGUGGUCCUGCUCAGCCUGCUGUACUGGAGUGCAGAGGGAGGGAGCUCACGGGCCCCCAUGUCCUGCUGGCUCCUGGGACCUCCCCGGCUUCCCUGUCUCCCCCCACUCGGGGCCUGCAGACCCCACAGGGUGGCCCUGCUCUCAGGAGGGGCCGAGGGACGAUGGCACUGCCAACCCGACCCCAGUCAACGGUACUGUUCUUGGCCUUGCAAGGGGCCCUCCCCUGAACCUGCUGCCUGGCGACACGCCUUCUGUAGACCCUGUAGGGCAUGGGGGGUCACCACGGCCCUGCUGCCCACCAGCCUCCCUUUCUGUGUCCUGCACAGGGUCCCCGGGCUCUGCCAGCCUUUGCAAGAGAUCAGUUCUGGCCCAGGGCUGGUCUCCCCCCGAUGGGCCCAUUUGGCCUGCGCUUGGGCCGUGAUGAACCGGAAAUAAGUGCCCUUGCGGGUGGCUGUACCCUGUGACUUCUCCCGGGUCCUCACAGGACCUGCUGCUGGCUUGGCCACAGCCUGCUGUCUGGCCUGAGGCUGCGUAAGGCUGGGGGACCCUGUUUGCUCUCGGCUCCAAGGCAAGCUGGGGCCAGCGGGCUUCCUCCGGGGCCAUGUCCUGGUCAGCUGCACAGCUCCAGGUGAGGAGGGUCCGGUCAAGUGGGGAGGGUGUCCUCUCUGGGAACUGCACUGCCCCGGGUGCCUCUGGUCAGGACGAGCCUCGGUGCAGGGUUUGCACUCCCAGCAGCCCCGGCAGGGGGAGGUGGCCGGCGGGUGGGGAGGAGAGAGGAAUAGGGUGCAGUGGAGAGUGGGCACAGAGAGGGAGCACAGGCCUGCGGGGGCAGCGCCCCGGCACUUCGAGCCAGCCCGGGACGGCAGGGAGAGCGCAGCCCCCGAGGGUUCACUGGUCAGGACUUUAUGGUGGAUUUUCAUUUCCUUGUGUUUUGUUCAGCCCGUUUGUUUUUUUAAGGGAAAAAGAUUGUGAUUAUUUCCCCCACAUCUCCCGCGCCCUCUCUGUGAGUAAGAAGGGAGAGAUUCAUCGCAGGUCAGGCGAUGGGUAUUUGUGCUCGUGGUGACCCCCGUCAUCACCAUGCAGAGAACACUGAAAAACGCGGUCCAGAGCCCUGGGUUUUGUGAAUGUUUUGUUCUGUGUUUGUUUGACCUUUGUGUUUGGUUUGGCUUUGUUUUUGCACUGUACCGAGCAGGGUGGUGGGAGACCGGGAUGCAGGUGUGUCGGCAGAGGCAGGCCGCCCUCCGGAGGGCCGAGGACCUGGGCCCAGAUCAGCUGUGAACGUUCAGGGGCCCCUUGCAUGCGAGUCAGGGAUCUAGGGUCCGGUCGCCGUGACCUCAACUGAAACACAAACUGUACAUUUGCCAAUGGGUUUUUUCAGACCACGGUUUUUACUCCAAAUAAACCUAUGUUCUUUUCUGCUGAGA